UAAAGUUUUGGUUCAUUUGCUAUUCUCCUCCAGUUCAUUUUUUGUUCAUUUUUAUUCUGCUCAUGUUCGUUUUUGUUCAUUUCAUAAAUGUGCGAAUUCGCAGCUGGCACCUCACGCGUUAAAAAAACAAAAAAGGUAGUGCAAGGAUCGUCCUCUGGCCCACCCACAAAGAGACUGAAAGUGGGCGAAUCAUCCGGAGUGAAGAAUGUGGAAGAUGGUUCCGAAAGCCCAAAAGUAAAGAAGCUAAAGAGAAAGGAAUUUGCAAUUCCAAACGAGGUGAAGUGUCGUCGACGGAUUAAGAACACCGAAGAUGGUCCAGAUGCCAAAAAGAAAACAGACCACCCAAGGCUCAAGACCCGUACCACAACAUGUACAUUCUUUAAAAAAUUGACAGUUUUGAACGAAGCACAAAAGGAUGCGGUCCGUUCUAUUGGAUUCGGGCAUAUAUUAGAGUUCAAGGUGAACAGAGUACCAUCAGAACUUGCUUAUUGGGUCUUGGACAGGUUCAACCAUAGGAGCUGCACAUUAGAGCUUGAUGUACUUACAAAAGUUGAGAUAGAGGAGGAUGAUGUGUACAGGGUCUAUGGAUUUCCGAAAGGAAAUAAGCUGAUAGAGAACUUUGAAAGGACGGCUGAAAAUGAGCUCUUUAUCGAGUGGAAGAAUUUCUUCAAUGUAGCGAACAGAGACAAGAUCAAGAUAAAAGUAGUGCUACGACGUAUGGUUGACAGUGCAGAUGGUGGGACGUGGUUUAAGCGCCAUUUCGUCAUUGCAUUGUGUUUCUCGCUGAUGGAGAGUUGCACUAGUGGCACCCUGGAAUUGGGGAGAGUAUAUGUUGAGGUGUUUGAUUGA